CGACGAGCUUGUUGGAUGCAAGCUUGAGUCUCCUCUUCUUAUCCAUCAUGUUCUCACCAUCAGUCGCGGUUGCUCUCUGCGUCGCCCUCGCUUCGACAUGGGCAGCGGCGAGCAUGUUCUUCAGCAAGAAAAAGUGGGAUCCUAAGGGCAAGCAUUGCCUCGUCACGGGCGGAUCGGCCGGCCUUGGUCUUAGUCUUGCGGUCCUGCUUGCCAAGGAAGGCGCGCACGUCCACAUCGUUGCGCGCAAUCAGGAGAGGCUCGACGAGGCAUUGAAGAAAGUCGAGGCCGCGCGGCAGUCGCCAGAACAGGUAUUCAAGACGUACUCUUUUGCACUUAACAAUGCCGAGCGGGCUGAAGCAUGUUUCGACGCGGUCGCCGCGGCGAGCGAUGAUCGGUGCCCCGACGCGCUGUUUUCGUGCGCGGGAAAAUCGCGUCCCGGAUUCUGGGUGGAGCGCAAUGAGGAAGAGUUACGUUUAUGCAUGGAAGAGACGUAUUGGGUGCAAGCGUGGCCGGCCUUGGCGGGCGCAAAGCGCAUGGUACGUGACGGUGUCAAAGGCAAAAUCGUUUUCACCUCUUCCGUGCUCGGCUAUUUUUCUAUGGUUGGCUACUCCCCGUACGCACCUGGCAAGUUCGCUGUUCGCGGUCUUGCUGAAACCCUGCAAAGCGAAUUCAUCAUGUAUGGCAUCGACAUACACAUUUCCUUCCCGGGGAAUAUCUUGAGCCCCGGUUUCAUCGAGGAAAACAAGGUGAAGCCCAAAAUCACCCUCAAGAUCGAAGAGAGCGAUACUGGUACCGAGCCCGAUAGUAUAGCGGCCCAAGUCCUACGGGGUGUGCGCGCUGGCCGGUUCCAUAUCGCGUGCGAUCUGGUAGGGCACAUUUUCCGCUGCAGCACGCGUGGUUCGUCGCCCGGCAAUAACAGCCUCCUGGAUCAAGUCUAUGUGCUUAUCGGGGCGAUCGGUCUGCCGUUGUGGCGGAGAGACGUCGACAAAGCUGUGAGAGGGCAUACCGCGGAGCACUACGAGUAUCUUCGCAGCAAGGGCCUUGUAACGUCGUAAUGUAGAUCUCGAUUCCUCUCGACUGAUGUCA